UAAUAAUAAUACGUCAAACUUAAUAGAACCAAAAAAUGAGAGAAUCUAAAGAAACUUAACCGCAAGAUACCUCUUCUACUUGAUGAUGAUGAUUCGAUUAACGUCCGAAUAAAGCAUCCUCCUUUUUUUUUCCUUCUUUCUUCUUUCCGGAUUGGUUCUUGUGCGGUCACUCACAUGCCCUCAUUUAGUUUCUUCUUCUAACCUGAGCUAAGCUAGCUGGCUCUGGCUGAUUCUGAAUUCUCAGUUACGACGGUGUCACGUUUUCCCAUAGGUUUUAUUUUUGUUCGUUGCUUGACAUCUCCUCCAUCCACACUUUGUUGUUUGAUAGAAUCCCCUAACCCACACAAAGUGUUCGACGAAAUGCUCCAACCAUGGUCUCUCUCUACUCCGGCCCCAUUUCCUCUUUUGCUUCUCGCAAUUCGAUGAUUGAUUCCGAUACCCUUUUGUCUCUUUCUUCUUUUUGUUCAACCUUUAAUCCCAAUUACAAGGCCAAAACUUGCGUACGAUUCCCCGGGAAAGGUUGUGGCUUUACUGUUCUAGGGUUUUUCGAGGUCAAGCCGAGGAAGAAAGGUUGUUGCUCUCGGUGUAAUAAUAAGCCUAGUUUGGGUUGGGAUAGCGAUGGGAGUAAGGAUCUUGAAUCGGAGAUUUUGGAGUUUAUGGAGAGCUCUGAGAAACCUGGCAUGUUUCCGAGUAAGAAGGAUUUGAUUCGUUCUGGAAGGUUUGAUCUUGUUGAGAGAAUUGUUAACCAAGGUGGAUGGCUUUCAAUGGGUUGGGAUUUGGAUGGACAAGAAGAGGAAGAAGUCAAAGAAAAUGUCAAGCCUUGGGAUUUACAUACUGAGAAGCAGCUUCGUAAUCCUUAUUCUCAAGAGAUUGAUGGAACUUUGAGUCAUGGUGCUCUUGAUUCUUCGUCAAUUCCUUCUUCAUCUUUAAGAGAAGAAGUAGAUGCUGGUAACGAUAGUGGAAUUGAAGGCAUUUUGACCAGAUUGGAGAAAGAAAGGAAUUUGAGUCUAGGGAUUAGCUUGAGGGAGAAUGGGAAAAGCAAUGGUGCCAUGGCUGAUAUCUCUCCAAAUGGUUCAGUUCCUUGGUCUUCCAGGAUUGUGACAGCUAGUGAAAUUGAAGAAGUUGAAAGUAGGAGAAGUUCAGAUGAAUCUGCACAAAAUAGGUAUCAAGAAACCAGUUCGGUUUCAGGAACUCAAGGCUUAACCAAUUCGCCUACAUCAGAAACAUGGAGGACAUGGAGUAUGAAGAGAGCUGGAUUUACUGAUGAAGGUUUUGAAGCUGCUGAAAUUUCUCCCAGUGGUUUGGAUGGUGUGAAGAAGGGUAAUGCGAAUAAGGGUACUAGUGAUAGCAUGAAUGGAAAAGACAGAACUGCAUCUUCCCCAGAAGAUGUAAAUAAAACUCAUAUCAAAAGCCGUCUUCAACUUCUCCAGUCAGAACUUUCUUCUGUUCUCUACUCCCUUAGAUCUCCUCCUGGUGAUGUUGUGACAAGUAAGGAUAGUGAGAUUACUUCUGGGAACUUGGAGAACCUUUCUGAUGAUUGGGAGUUCAAAGAGAAUGAGAUCAUACAUGCCCAAAAUAAGUUGCGGUCUACACGAGCAAAGUUGGCAGUUCUUGAAGGAAAAAUGGCUAUGGCUAUAAUAGAUGCACAGAGGAUUGUACGGGAGAAACAGAGAAGAAUCGAUCAUGCUAGUAGAGCUUUACGAUUACUCCGAACCGCAUCCAUAGUAUGGCCUAAUUCAGCCUCCGAAGUUCUAUUAACGGGUUCAUUUGACGGUUGGUCUACCCAGAGGAAGAUGAAGAAAGCAGAGAACGGAGUCUUCUCAUUGUCUCUAAAGCUAUAUCCUGGAAAAUAUGAGAUAAAGUUUAUAGUUGAUGGCCAGUGGAAAGUUGACCCGCUUCGACCCAUUGUUACAUGUGGUGGAUAUGAAAACAAUCUGCUAAUCAUCUCUUGAGGUCAAAGGCAACAACAUUUCAGAACUAGUCCCACCAUUGAUGGAGCAUGAGCUGAAUCAGUAGGGUUUUAGGUUCUUUUGGGAUUUUCACUUUCAUGUAGGGUAAGGUACCAAGGAAGCAGUAGAACUAGGUUUUAUCUUGACAAAACAAGAAGUAAGAAAGAUUUGUAUAUUGUACUAGUAUGACCACUGUUUUCUUCUGACAAGAGUCGCAAGACUCAUGUAAACAAUUGGCUUCUUGCAUUGUACAAUUUUACACACAUAAGAUGUCAUACAUCCAUUUCUA